AUGCAAAAUAUCUUGACGAGAAACGGGAUUCCGACUGUUAGCCUAGAAGAAUUGGGCACGGGAUGCGAGACUUUUCCCCUUUCUCUCGGGAACUCGGGAAAUCUUUACGUCCAACCACGCGAGCAUUCAGUGGCUCUCUCCUCCGCAGAGGCCUCUUUGUGUCGCGGGAGCCUCUGCGGAGCAGAGAGAUCCAGUGGUGUCUGCUAUCACAGCAAACAAGAGUGGAUGGUUAUUAAUGAUUAUCUGGUUGAAACUGUUAAGUUAUCGACAUCUAGACAAGCACACAGUGCAGAAGCCCCACUGUGUCGACCGCAUGCCUGGAAAGUACACGUGGUGCAAUAGCAUUGCUUAAGCUCUUUUACACCCAUGAUUGUAAACUUGAGGGAGCUAUUAUUGUUUCAUCAGCUAAAUUUUGAUGACGAGAGAGAAACGAGAGAGGCGCGCGAGCAUAAUGUUAAAAGGAGAAAAAGCGCUGGCCCCUUUGCGAACCAACAGCGCUCGCGCACGCUCUGAUUGUCUAACAGGACUUAAAGCAUGCAGCCUUCAUAGCAAGCGUUUCCUUGUGACUAGGAGCAAAGAAAGACCAAGGAAAGACGAGGAACGGGAUUUUCAGUUUUGGCCGGGCGAAAAAUGGAACGAGAGCCAGAAAAAUGUCCCAUUUUUCGCACGGUCUUCAGGGUCUUUGACUCUUGUUCCCCGUUCUUUGCUCCGAAACCGCACGGAAACACUUGCUACGCAGGCUAAUCAGAUGUACUGUUCUCCACCCUCAAGAUCGGCGCGGCGCAGAUUCGCCCCGUUACAGAAAUCGCGUAGCCUGAAUUUCAUCUGAUUGCUUCGAGUCAUUUCCUACGACUCGAAUUCAGGCUAGAAAUCGCGCCGAAAUCACCCAUUUCUUGUGUGUGAACAGAAGCGUUGCCGGCGCGAAAGCUAUCUGGUGUAAUGUUAACGUAGCCUUAGUCCUGGCUAUGCAUGUUCACACUAGUGCCUGGCACAUGAUACCGAAUGGGUAAACAUCACGUGACUGAAAUGGGAUAACCUGCGAUCAGGCGUUUUUUUUUUGGGGGGGGGACCGCCCGGAUCGCAGGUUAGAAAUGGGAAAACAAAACAUACAAAUUAAAAAAGGUCUAUUGGCUCUCGCCUUAACAGAGUUUCCUGGAACCUUUCAAAACGUUGCAAAUCGUCUACAUGAAAAACAUUGUUUUGAAGUUAGCCCGGCUAGGCGGGUCACUUCUUGCCGAGCCAACUUUUUGUUUUUCAUGUGAACCGUCCGCCUCGUUUUGUAAGGAAAAAGUUAGCCCGUUCAGGGUUGCCUGCGUAGCAAGCGUUUCGCAGGCUAGCUCAGGAAGCUAAGGGUUCUUCUUACUUGCGCCCGCAAACAUGGCAGCUUAAACACAAAAUACCAUGCGCUAGCUUUCAGGCUUCUCGCUAAAAUUAUCUUUUGCCGCCUGUGAAAUCGUUCAAAAAUUUGUUCCGAUUUUACCUUUUUUCGCAUGAGCUUGAAGCUUAUAUUAGACUCUAAGCGAAAAGUUAACGUAUUAUUUUUCCAGAUGGCUGGCACAAAAGACGACGUUCAAGGCGUUGCAGAACUGUUGGCAAAAACGAAAGUUGAGCAAGUGAACGUCGUUAGUUUCAAAGGAAAAAGUUUUAAGUUAGACUCCGAAGAUGACGGUAAGAAAUAAGCUUAAGCCUUUCGUAUCCUAAAGGUGCGAAGAAAAUCAGUCUUAAUAACCUUCUGUAAAAGAAGUUGUCGCCAGGGGUUUUUAUCAUUCCUUAAGUCUAUUUUGUAAUUGGCUGUAGAUGACAUGGGACGGAUAUCAAUUAAGCGGUAUUAAUAGUUUGGAUCCAAUACAUACAUGUGCUUAUCUGCUUGGUUCAGUAUUGUCUAUUUAUCAUAAGUAUUCAUGUGAUAUUUGGUUCAAACCAUGGUCAAUUUGCUUACAUGUUUUACUAGUUUGGUUAACUCGCUUACCACAUGACUCGAGUUAAUAAACCCUUCCACAGCGAAAAUACAUCAACACUACUAGAAGUGCCUGGUGGUAGGGGGAUGGAGGGGGGGGGGGCGGAGGUGGGAGUUUUUGCACCACACCACACUACUGUCUGAAAGGAUUUGUGACUUUCCAGAGCCAUACUUGUAGCUUUGUGGUUUUUCAGCUUAGAAUCACUCUUGAACCUGGCAAAUGUUAAUACUGUUAGUAUGGCGUUCUUUCCGGCAUUGAUGGUUAAUUUAGCUAACUGCUUAAUAAUAAUAAAAUAACAACAAUAAUAAAUCAUGUUGUUGACUAUUGACGGCAGUGCUCAGUCAUUUUUGACAGCCAGGAAAAAACAGCCUACAGAUUCAGGCUAAAAGCUGUGAUUUUAUUGUGAACCCUGUGCUCUAUUCCUCACCGUGGUAAGCUUGAGUAAAAAAAUUCCAUAACCCUUCAUUUCACAUCAAAAUUAUCCCUGUCAGUGUUUUACCAUUGUCGUUGUGCUUGUCUUCGUUGCUGGGGUAGUUUCAAUUCAUAUUAUUUCUUUUGUGUUACUUGCCAACAUUUCUUGAAUGUCUUAUAUUGUUCUUUCAAGGCUUUCCUGAACAUACCCUAAAAUAGCCAUUGACAAUAGGUACAAUGUAAGUUGGACAUAGCUGAUUCAUAAUAAUUUUUAUACAUAGUUUGUUUAAUUUACAGCUGUAGAGGUUGUAAAUGUAAUCAAGGCCAGUAAAGAUGUUCAGGCAUUAUGUUUGGAGGGUAACACCAUAGGUGUGGACGCUGCUAAGGCCAUUGGAGAAGCACUUUCAACAAGAAAAGAAUUGGAGGUGAGCUGUUAAGAUUGGCGUCCAUAAUUCAUAUUAUGAAUACUGAGAUCUCACAAAAAAAAUUUUGGCAGGGUUUCCGGGGCAAGCAUGCAGCUCUCACAUUUUGCUUUGUGAUUGAUUUUGAUAGAAGAAUGACUUGCCUGCACCCUUGCCCACUGAGCAAGAGUCCAAGACUACCAGAUGGGCCUUUUUUCUACAAUCAGGGACACACACUUGUUUAAAAUGCGUGCUUUUAUCAAACGUUUAGUUAAUUUAUUAUUUUACUCCUUUUAAACUCUGUAAAUCCCCUCAACCCCCCCGAAAUCAAUGUUGUCUGAAGUCAAAGAAAGACUUGAGGGUUCAAAAUACAACAUUGAUUUUGGGGGGGAAGGGGUUGGGGUAGAUAGGUGAAGGGGAUAGGCCCACUUUGCAAAAAGGGGACAUUUUAAGGAAGUGUCUCAACACUUUUGUCCCUCAUUUUAGCUCUGCUAGAAAACAGUGAUGAAGUAACCUUUAAAUAGAACUGAAUGUGACAUUGCAUCUGAUUUAUUUUUCAGAGGGCACUGUGGAGUGAUAUCUUUACGGGAAGGUUAAGAUCUGAAAUUCCGCUGGCAUUGGUAUGUAUAAACCAUAGAUACAUGUAUUAUGCCAAAAAACCCUGUCUCUCCCAAGAAUGCUUCAAAUCCGAGUUCAAGAAAAUUUAAAAAUUCAUUUUCUGAAAUUAUAUGUUUAAUAUCUACUGAAAUAAAGUGCUAGAGUGUGUGUUUAGAAACUGGCACACCUUUUAAGAUCCUUUGGAAAACACAAAAUUCUUAAGAAAAUGCUUCAAACUAUUUUUAUUCUUUAAAAAUUAUACUGAAAAGCAAAAUGUCCAUAGAGUUUGUAUGAUAAUUUAGAAUAGUUGUGAACACAACAGCAUUUUACUGUAUUUUCAGACUCAAAAGUUACAACUACCGGUACUCUACAUUGUCAUUAUUUCUGUGUUCAAAACAAGCCUGCAUGGGGGUGGAAGGGUUUACCAAUUGAUAAUAACCUUUAUUUUAAGAGGUUGACACCAAUUACUAUAAAAAGUAUUCUCCCUAGUGGCCCUCUAAAAACAAAAUUGAUAAUAAUAAAUUACAACAGUCGUGAUAAAAAGCCUAUUUACAAAUAGUUAUAAUUAUAAUAAAGGAUCUUUAAAAUUCUAAACAAGUAUUCUCCCUCCCUAGUGGCCCUCUAAAAACAAAAUUGAUAACAAUAAAAUUACAACAACAUUGUUCAUUUCUGAAGUAGUCAUGUACUUAUUGACUAAGUGGGAGGGCCGGACAGGAAAAUAUUUGGCUCGAGGUCUGGACGUGUGGACUUAUAAGCACAGCGAGGUCUUUGCGUCCUGACCGAGAGCCAAAUAUUUUCAUGUCUGGCCUGACCUAACUCAGUCAAAAAGUGUUUUAUCUUGUGACUAUUAUGUUUGAAUUUUUCUGAUGGAACUAACCUGCAUCGAUCAGUAAGCUUUUCUAGCAGAGGUGUAAUUGUUUUUCCAGUCCUAUCACCUGACGGGUAAGGCCCUCAUACAGGCCAUUUUUCAUAUGGUUUUCCAACAAAAUUGCGCGUCGGGCUGUACGGGUCAUAUGAUCAAAUGUUCUUUUCUCUGUUUUGUUUUUUUAGGGACAUCUUAGUGACGGUGUCAUAACAGCUAAUGCUCAACUUGUUGAACUAGACCUUAGUGACAAUGCAUUUGGUCCUGAUGGGGUGAAAGCAUGUGUAAAGCUGCUAACAAGCAAAGCCUGUUACUCAUUAAAAACACUUAAGUUAAAUAAUAAUGGCCUUGGUGUUGGUGGAGGCAAGGUUAGUGCUUGUUAGAAAAUUUAAUCUUAAAAUGAGAAGUGGGAGUGAAACUGUCAGACUGAGUGUAGUGGAGGUUGUACUUGUCAGUACUUCAAAACAAUAUUGUUGAGGUGUUGGAAGUACAGUCGAACCUCGAUUUAAUGAAGGGCCAAGGGACUGUAAAAACUUGUUCUCUAUAACAAAGAUUAGUUUAUAUAGGUUUUUUCCAUAUACCGGUAAUUAUUUUCCUACUAGUAAUAACCAAAGGUUACAAAGUGUGGGCGACAAUGAUCAAGGGUCAAAACGCUUUUUCUCCAGCGUGCUUUGCGUAAGUUUUAUGUGACAGAUGGUCAAAACAUGCAUGAUCAGAUUACGAGUGAUAGAAGGUCCAAAAGUGCGUGAUCAAAGUGCAUUCUGUUCAUUCCACACAUUCUUAGUGGAAAUCCAAACGAAUGCUCAUGGCUACAUACAUGCGACGCAUGCAUAUUAACAACCUGGAUAUUAGGAUUGCGGGCUCCUCUUGUCGCCUGCCAUUACUGGGGUAAAUAAAGUCGUUUGUUAUAAUGAGGACUUUUGUUAUGAAAGGUUUGUUAUAUCGAGGUUCCACUGUAACAGAAUUUGUGAUGAAGCUUGAGAAAUGCCUAUUUAUUUCAUCUUCAAAUUGACUGGUCUGGCCAGUUAAUUCUGACUUUUGGUUAGCACCCUAGGAUAUCUAUACAGGUCCAAUUUAAGUAAAAAUAAUGUUUAGCUUGUUAUUCCCCCUUACUGAUAUGACAACUAUUGAAUACUGUGGAAAAUAAAAUGAUGUUAUUUGUUUACCAGUAACACCUAAGAACAUGAAAAUGACACUUGUAAAAACCUGAAUUUUGUGUGAGAGAAUAUUUGGUCAUUUUUGUAGAUUCUCUCCAAGGCUCUGAUUGACUGCCAUAAAACCAGCUCAGACGCUGGUACCCCCCUGCAGCUUCAAGUGUUCAUAUCUGGUAGAAAUCGACUAGAAAAUCCUGGUGCCACAUCAUUAGCAGAGGCUUUUCAGGUAAUGCAUGGAACAGAUGUCAUGUAAUAAGAGGCAUUACUGUGUGUAGUACGUGUAUCAUGUACUGCUAUCUUUUAAUCAAAUCCACACUACAUUGUAAAUUCAUAAACUUCAUGUUUCUGAUCAUCACAGAACUUUGCUGUGUUUUGUAUCACUUGUUUUGCUUUUCUUAAUUGCUUGAUUAAACUUGCUAUUGGAUAUUUUUAAUACUUCAAUUUGUUUGUUUGUUUGUUUGUUUGUUUUCAGACAAUAGGGAGUCUAGAAGAGGUUCAAAUGCCACAAAAUGGAAUCCUUCAUGAAGGAAUAGCAGCCUUAGCAGAAGCAUUUAAAUCCAAUCCCAAUCUCAAGGUCUGUAAACUGUCUAUUUAUUGACAAUCUUUCACUGUUUUUCAUGUUCCUGUACGUACACCUUAUGAAGAUGAGAAGCAAUGGCCAAGUGGUUGACGACUUGAACUUUAGACCUGUAAGUCUGUGUUCAAGCCUCACCAUGGCAUUGGUUUUUUAGACAAGAAAAUUUGACUCCACUAGUCUAGGUGUGUUAAUGGGUAACAUAAGCAACAUACUGCUGUAGGCAACUGUACAAGAUCAAGCAUCCGGAGUACAUGUAGCAAUACUCCUACAUUGAAGAUGCUUCAUGCUACAAAAACCACAGGGACGUUAAGCUCCAACCAUGUGGGUCUCCUUAUCUCAUGUGUGCCUUAGUUUUUACCCCUUACCUAUUCAUCUAUUCAGUUGAUGCACUAGGCAAUUGGAAUUGCUGGGAUACAAGCAAGGUGCCCAGCUGAAUUCUACCAUAAUCAGAGUAAAACAGUCCAGAGUACUUUUUUAAACACCAAAAAUUACCUUGUAUAGAUGUUCAGUUUCACUUGGUCUUUUCAAUGGACAGUUUCUUGUUUAUCUGUAUUGUUCUAAAUUCCUGCAAUAUAGUCUAUGUUGCUUAAGACCAUUGUUCUUAAACUGUUAUCUUGCCUAAAAGAAAGCACUGAUUGCAAAUUGUCUGUUGUGUCUUUUUAUAGAUCUUGAAUUUAAAUGACAACACAUUUACUUCAAAGGGAGCAACAGCAAUGGCAAAGGUAAAGUUACCUUUUCAUCAAAUAAUUAUUAUUUGCUAUUAUACUUAUAAUUAUUAUAAAUACUAUUAAAGGGGGCAAUUUCAUUCUAUAGUGUAUACACCACACCAUUUUUAAAGCUUUUGCUAACUGAUUUAAGUCAACAUUGCAGAAAAGUAACAGCUUAAAUCUGCAUGUACCCCACCCCACCCCCCGCUCCCCACGGGUUAGGGGGUGGAGAUGUAUGACAUUUAAGACUGCUACCAAUGGGGUUAUAUUUUGAUGCUCUGAUCUUUGAGACGCUGACGUAAAAAGUUCCUCGUGAUCCAACCACUUUCCAGAACUGACUCUGGAGUCGUGAUAGAUCUUUGUAGGUAUAUGGAAAGAAAUCUUGGUAAUUUGUAACAGGCGCUUGUUUUGUAGGUGCUACCAAGCCUUAAAAAUCUUGAGGUCAUCAACUUUGGAGACUGCCUAGUCAAAACAGAAGGCGCCAAAGCAUUGGCAAAGAGUUUACGAACUUCAGUGAAUAACUUGAAAGAGCUAAACUUGUCUUUUGAUGAGAUAAACAAAGAAGGAGCAUUGGCAAUUGUUGAGGCUUUGGAGAGUAAAGAUUCUUUGAAGAAACUGGAAUUAAAUGGUGGGUAUACAAAGCAGGUGGUUUGUUUAGCUGCGGCCAUAGUACAGAUUGUCCCCAUUGUCUGCCUUUAUGGAGAAAAUGUGUAUUUAUACUUUACAGGAAGACAUAAUAGGGCCCCGAAUGUAGUCGUCUACUUUAGCGUUCUUUCAUAGGUCGCUUAGGAAAGGAGUGGUGGCCUGGGUAGGAAGUGCCUGCACAAGCGCUUGUGUAGUAAAAGGAGGGUUAGAGUUUGACCUGAUGUUUGUUUUGCUCUCUCUUCACUGGUUUCAGGCAACCAGAAACACAAAUUUGAAAUAGAUAGAAAGACGUUGUUCGAGCUGACAUUGAUUCUAUCACUGAAUUGAAGAACAAUACAGUACAUGGGUGAAGCCAAAAUAAUAUUACAGUGGAGUUCAAAAUCCUUUUUCCACCAAACACUCCCGUAAAUAGUGCAUACAUGUACCUUCUCUAAUCAUAUUCGAUUUACGGUCAUUUCGUUCCAUAGUCAGAUCGUUCCAAGUCAGAUCGUUCCAAUCAAUAGUCAGAUCGUUCCACAAAAUGGUCAGUUCGUUCCACAAAAAAGUCAGUUCGUUCCACAUAUGAAAAGUCAAGUAAAUUUUUCUAAAUUUGUUGAGUGAACUUUACCGAGAAGAAAAACGUUUCGUUCAGACCACAAGCUGAUAAAAUAAUAAUCCAUCCAAAGGCGAUUCGAUCCAUCCCAAGUCGUUUGAAAACAAACAAGAAACGAUUUCAACCAGCCACGGGCUUUAACAUUUAAGCCGCCGCUAUGAGAGCUUUUGAGCUAGAGACGAUUGAUGGUUUUGAAAGAUAUAGCACAACAAGUAAAAGCUAUUCCGUUCUGAAGGUACAGUAUUUCGAAGCGCUUGUGACCAGAAGCGCUAGAAUUAUGCAAAUUUUGAAAACAACGCGAGUUUCGAAUUACAAUCUCGAUUUUAUGGUAAUUUGUCUCGCGGAAAAUAUAAAUGAGCAUUGCAAGCAUUUUAUCGCCUUCAACCUUUUAUUAAUAUCCUUUUUACAUGCGGGGACGUUUGGGUCGUCCUAAUGACUCCCGCCCCUAAACAACAUACAGUAUCACAAAAAACAACCUAUGUUUUCAAAUGAAUAAUGACCUUAACCUAACGCAAAAUCGUGUGAACUAGCGCGAAUUAUCUACAUCGGCUAAACCUAUGUUUUUCGGCACCUAUAUAUCCCCUGUAUACUAAAGCGAAAAUUGAACUUCUAAGCUAAUAGGCCCAACCUAUGUUUUCUAGACUAGUUUCAGUGGGUGGCGAUCAGGCUAGAUACGUGUUUUUUCUUAGGCUAUCUUGGAUUUGUUGAUUUAAAAUUCUCGCUUUGUUGCUUGGUUAUAGUUGGAGCGUUUUCAAAAAAGUUCUGUUUUUGAUCGUUUUACAGUUGGCGUAAUGCUUAAGCGCGUAAAAAAAAAAUGGUUUUCAAACGAAACGCUCUGAUGUGUACCGGGUCUACGGUUAACCGCUUCUCAGAAAAUCAAAGACAAGAGUUAUUCAUUAUUUGAUUUUAUUUUACAGGAAAUGCCAUUGGGGAAGAUGGAAUUGAAGAAGUUAAGGGCUGGCUUGAGUCAAAUGGUCGUCUUGAUGCUCUUGGUUCGCUUAGUGAUGACGAGGGAGAGGUUGACGAUGAUGAAGAUGAAGAAGGAGAUGAAGAACUGGGUGGCGGCGACAGCGAUGAUGGAGAAGCGGGUGAUGAACUGAAUCUUAGUGUGACAGGUGUCAGCCUUAAACCAGAGUCACCGCUGCUUGGUACUGAUGAAGAAAUAGAAAAAGAACUCAUCAAGGUA